UACAAAACUUGGCUGUAAUCAGAGCUUGGCAAUUAAUCAUUUCAUCUAAUUAGAGAGAUGAUUUCUCUGAGCUUGUGGCAUCUCCUCCUCGUACUUUCAUGUGUUCUUCUUUUGACUCAGACAUAUUCUGAAGAUGACCAAAAGACCUACAUUGUCUACAUGGGUGAUCAUCCAAAGGGAGUAAUUCAAUCCGCAGAAUCACUUCACAUCAGUAUGGUUCAAAAUAUCCUCGGCAGCAAAUUUGCACCGGAUGCUUUGCUACAUAGCUACAAGAAGAGUUUUAAUGGAUUUGUUGUAAAGCUAACAGAAGAGGAAGCAGUGAGAAUGGCAGAAUUGGAUGGUGUUGUUUCUGUUUUCCCAAACAAAAAGAACGAACUUCAUACAACAAGGUCAUGGGACUUCAUAGGCUUAUCUCAGAAUGUCAAGAGAACAAGUAUAGAGAGUGAUAUAAUUGUUGGAGUAAUAGAUUCAGGAAUUUGGCCGGAGUCUGAUAGCUUUGAUGACGAAGGAUUUGGUCCACCACCACAAAAAUGGAAAGGCACUUGCCAUAACUUCACCUGCAACAAUAAAAUCAUUGGAGCAAAAUAUUUUCGCAUGGAUGGUUCAUAUGAAAAGAAUGACAUCAUAUCUCCAAGGGAUACAAUUGGGCAUGGAACUCACUGUGCAUCCACUGCUGCUGGAAACUCAGUUAUUGAGUCCACAAGUUUCUUUGGCCUUGCCUCAGGGACUGCAAGAGGAGGAGUUCCAUCAGCACGCAUUGCUGUAUACAAAUCUUGUUGGUCAAGUGGUUGUGAUGAUGCUGACAUCCUUCAAGCAUUUGAUGAAGCAAUUGAAGAUGGUGUUGAUAUCAUUUCCAUUUCACUUGGACCUAGAGAAGUUGAAUAUAGUGACUAUUUCAAUGAUGUGUUCGCCAUAGGGGCUUUCCAUGCAAUGAAGAAAGGAAUACUAACCUCCAUUUCUGCUGGUAAUAGUGGUCCAGAGUUUUAUACAAUAUCUAAAAAUGCACCAUGGUCACUUUCUGUAGCUGCUAGCACUAUAGACAGAAAGUUUUUUACCCGUGUUCAAUUGGGUGAUGGCACAAUCUAUGAGGGAGUUUCAGUAAAUACGUUUGAUCUAAAAAAUGAGAGUUAUCCUUUAAUUUAUGGUGGAGAUGCACCCAAUAUCACUGGUGGAUACAAUAGUUCCAUAUCGAGGUUAUGCCUGCAAGAUUCUUUGGAUGAGGAUUUGGUGAAAGGAAAGAUUGUUUUGUGUGAUGGUUUUCGAGGUCCUACAUCUGUGGGAUUGGUUUCUGGAGCAGCUGGUAUUUUACUAAGAAGUUCAAGGUCAAAAGAUGUGGCUUAUACAUUUGCAUUGCCAGCAGUUCACCUUGGCCUAAAUUAUGGGGCACUUAUACAAUCUUACAUAAAUCUAACAAGUGAUCCAACUGCCACUAUAUUUAAGAGUAAUGAAGGCAAAGACUCAUUUGCACCUUACAUAGCUUCAUUCUCAUCUAGAGGACCAAAUGCAAUCACUCCAAACAUUCUUAAGCCUGAUUUAGCUGCUCCAGGAGUUGAAAUUUUAGCAGCAUGGUCAACAAUUGUCCCUCCUUCUAAUGUUAAAGGUGAUAAGAGAAUAGCAAACUAUACCAUACAAUCUGGAACUUCAAUGGCAUGCCCUCAUGCUACUGCGGCAGCUGCCUAUAUCAAAUCCUUUCAUCCUAAUUGGUCACCUGCCGCAAUCAAAUCAGCAUUAAUGACUACUGCUACCCCAAUGAGUGUUGCACUUGACCCUGAAGCCGAAUUUGCUUAUGGUGCGGGGCAAAUUCAUCCCAUCAAGGCAUUGAAUCCUGGCUUAGUAUAUGAUGCCAGUGAAAUCGAUUACGUCAACUUUCUAGGUGAACAAGGUUACGAUACCAAAAAGCUAAGAAGUAUUACAAAUGAUAAUAGUAGUUGUACACAACCCAGUGAUGGAAUAGGUUGGGAUUUAAAUCUCCCAUCUUUUGCUGUAGCAGUGAACACCUCAACAUCUUUUAGUGGUGUUGUUUUUCAUAGAACCGUUACAAAUGUUGGAUUUGCUACAUCAACAUAUAAAGCUAGAGUAACUAUACCUUCAUCUUUUUUGAAGUUCAAAGUGGAGCCAGAUGUUUUGUCCUUCUCAUUUGUGGGUCAAAAGAAGUCCUUCACCCUUAGGAUUGAAGGGAGGCUUAAUUUUGAUAUAGUUUCUUCUUCUUUGAUUUGGGAUGAUGGAACUUUUAUAGUAAGGAGUCCUAUUGUCAUGUUUGCUGCAUAAAAAUAAUUCCCAUGUAAGGAGCCUAUUGUUGUGUAUGUUGAAUAAAAAAUAAUUGUAGUUAAUAAAUUAAAAUUUGUAGUACGUA